GUGUCCUGUCCUCUCUCUGUUAUCAGUGGAUAGGUAAGUGCGGGGAGGAGAAGUGCCGACUGCAGGGGAGUCUAUACUUCACAAGUCAGGCCCCACCUGCCCUCGGCCCCUCACUUGUCCGCGAGUCCCCAUUACUGUGGACAGCACACAGUAAAACACCUGGUCUGCUUCUGCUCUUUAGCUCCAGACAGCAUCCCACACAGGUCCAGGUCAGUUCGCCCAUUAGUAAUGGGCUGGGAGGCAUUCUCACAUGAGGGCUUAGGUCACCUCUCCCCUCUUCUCACCCACCUACAGCUCCCCACCAGACCUUCAGACCUUCACUGCGACCAGCAGUGGGCAGUGGCCUUACUGGCCCACAAGUCUGUGCUCACGUGUUGGGGGCACAGCACACAUUCCUAGGCGUUUGCCAAUUCACCCACAAAGAGGUGCCACCCUCGGCCUCCCCUCAUCUCAUCACGCAGUUGGGUUACUGCCCCCAUCCAGACAAACAGCCCCUCACCAGAGGGGAAAACCACCUUUCUCCAAUUUGAGCGCAGUCAGCACCUGUCAUAUUUUUAAGUUAUUUGUUUCCUUCUCCACGAGCUGGUUGUUUCUUUGCCUUUUUUUGUCUUGGGUUUUUUGUUUGUUUGUUUGUUUACCAAUUUGAAAGAGCAAAGAGCUCUUUAUUUCUUAGAGAAAUCAGCCUUUGGCCCAAGGGACAAAAUCUUGAGGACCGCCCCCCCCCCCAUUCCCCCAGGACAGGAAUCUCCUCCUCCCACCCUGCAGGCCUGGGAGCUGCCAGGAGGCGGCUCUGCUGGAGCAGUGCACAGGCCCAAGGCCCGCUCUGCUGGGUGCUGGGAACUUGGCGGCCCCCGGUUUACCCCUGCAAAGGGCCCUGUCUUAGUUUCCUGGGGCUGCUGUAACAAAUCACCGCAAACUUGGGGGCUUAAGACAAUAGGGGAUGUGCCGGGGGUGGGAGUGAUAGAGCCUCAGUGAAUCCCACUGACCUGUACCCCCAGCAACGGGCUUGAAAAGAUUGCUAGGGCCUCGUGUCUCUUUGUGAGCAGUUUUAGAUUUACAGAAAAAUUGCGAAGGUGAUAGAGAUUCCCCCAUGCCCCACACACCCAGUUUCCCCUCUCAAUGACAUCUUAUGUUAGCGUGUACAUUUGUCACAACUAAUGAGCAAAUUCUAGUAUAUUUUUAUUAACUAAAGUCUCGACCUUAUUUGGCUCUCCUCAGUUUCCCCCAGUGUCCUUUUUCUGUCCCAGGAUCCCACAUGACAUUUGUCAUCACAUUAGCCUCCUCUGGGCUGAGACAGUUUCUCGGACUUUCUUGUUUCUGAUGACCUUGACAGUUUUGAGGAGGACUGGGCGGGUAUGUUGUAGGAUGCCCCCAGUUGGGGUCGGUCUGGUGUUUUUCUCGUGGUUAGACUGGGGGACGGGUUUGGGGAGGAGGAGCACAGAGGUGAAGUGCCCCUCUCAUCAUACCGUGUCCAGGGCACAUGCCAUCAACACAGCAUCACUGUGAUGUGACCUUGAUCACCUGGCUGAGGUGGCAUCUGUCAGGUGUCUCCACUGUAAUGUGACUCUUGUGCUCCCUUCCAUGCUGUACCCUUUGGAAGGAAGUCACUAGGUACAGCGCACAGCUAAGGGGUCAGGGGUCACGCGCCCCUCCUCAAGGGUGGAGCAUCUGCACAAGUCAUCUGGAAUUCCUCUGCGUGGGAAAUGUGUCCCUUCAUUUACAUCAGUAUGGACUUGUGGCUAUUUUACACUUUGGAGUUUUUAUAAUCCAACACUGCUUUAUUGAUUUUGUUGCUCAAUCUGUUCCAGCUUUGGCUACGUUGAUUCUGCUCCCUUGUCCCCCUGUCACACCCCCAUUGGUUUUGGUUACUCCCUGGCACUUCAGGGUGCUCCAGGCUCAUCCUCUAUUCCUGCUCCAUCUUGGAAGCUGCUGUUUCUCCCAGAGCCAGGGCCUGUUUUAGGUGGGAAAACAGUCAGUGGCAGAGGGCAAGUGGAGCAGAAUCACACUUGCGCAUUCUAGGACAUUCCGCAUAGGCAUUGAUACGGGGUGCCUGGGAGGACCUGCAGGUCCUGAGGGGCUUCCACGGCCCGCUCAGGGUGCAUCUGCAUCAUCUGCAUCAUUUUACAGUCAAGUGUAUUGAUUUAUUGGAUCAUUUAAAGCAUAGGAACCCAGACUUCAAAGGACACUGGUGCAUGGAGGCAUCUCGGUGACACCUGUCCUUCGUCCUUUUUUCCUUCUGGUCCCCUCACUGUGGUUUGCUGAGCUCUGCGUGCACUUCCACCGGGAGGAUAAAUGUAGGUUUCCAGAGAGGAAUCCUCAAGUAUUAGAGCCCUUUACUGUAAAUUUGGCCACAAAAAGCAGGCAGCCACGUGGUAGGAAAAAGAUUAAUUUUCUAAAAGUAUUUCUGUGGACGGAAACUCAGGUCCAAGCUGACAUAAGCCAAAUGGGCCUUUGACUCCAGGCAGGCAGGGCCCUCCGGCCUCCAUGCCCCCCCACAGCCCACCCCACAGCCCACCACAUCCGUACCUCCUGCUGUGACUUCACUGGGGUGGUUUAACCUCUCUGAGCCCAUCUACCUGUUUGCUGCUAGGUUUAAAAAAACAGACAACUCAGAGACCUGUUUAUGACGAUCAAAUAAAAGAGCCGAUGAGAAAGGCCUUUGUAAAUGAUUAAGUGAUCAGCACUGAGGACUGCCGCAUCUGGAUGCCAGUGUGGGCGUCCUUCCCCUGCAGGGGGACAGAGGCCAGGUUAAGAAAAGCACUCUUGCACAGGCAGUUCUGGCUUCAGGUGACGAGGAUGAGUCCCGGGCCCGAGGCGGGUGAGGGAGGCCCCCUUCUCACCUGGUCUCCCCACACCCCCUCUCACUCCCCAGGACCCAGUCUCGCCAUCCUGAGCAGGCCUGGAAUGGGUAAUGGUGUGAAAGAAGGUGCGGUGCGUUUGCGUGAGGAUGCCGAGGCUGUCCUGUCCUCACCCGUCUCUUCAAAGAGCGAUCACAGGCAAGUUCUCAGCUCCCUCCUGUCCGGGGCCCUGGCUGGUGCUCUCGCCAAAACGGCAGUAGCUCCCCUAGACCGAACCAAAAUCAUCUUCCAAGUGUCUUCAAAAAGAUUUUCUGCCAAGGAGGCCUUCCGACUCCUCUACUUCACCUACCUCAACGAGGGCUUCCUGAGCCUGUGGCGCGGGAACUCGGCCACCAUGGUGCGCGUGGUGCCCUACGCCGCCAUCCAGUUCAGCGCGCACGAGGAGUACAAGCGGGUCCUGGGUCGCUACUACGGCUUCCGCGGAGAAGCUCUGCCCCCUUGGCCCCGCCUCCUCGCAGGCGCUCUGGCUGGAACGACGGCUGCUUCCCUGACCUACCCCCUGGACCUGGUCAGAGCGCGGAUGGCGGUGACCCCAAAGGAAAUGUACAGCAAUAUCUUUCAUGUCUUCAUUCGCAUCUCCCGAGAAGAGGGGCUGACAACCCUCUACCACGGGUUCACGCCCACCGUGCUGGGGGUCAUUCCCUAUGCCGGGCUCAGCUUCUUCACCUACGAGACGCUCAAGAGCCUGCACAGAGAGUACAGCGGCCGCCGGCAGCCCUACCCCUUUGAGCGCAUGAUCUUCGGGGCCUGCGCCGGCCUCAUCGGGCAGUCGGCCUCGUACCCGCUGGACGUGGUGCGGCGGCGCAUGCAGACGGCCGGAGUCACGGGCCACCCGCGCACCUCCAUCGCGCGCACCAUGUGCACCAUCGUGCGGGAGGAGGGCGCGGUGCGCGGCCUCUACAAGGGCCUCAGCAUGAACUGGCUCAAGGGCCCCAUCGCCGUGGGCAUCAGCUUCACUACCUUCGACCUCAUGCAGAUCCUGCUGCGGCGCCUGCAGAGCUAGGGGCCCGGCGGGUCAGCCCUCUCGGGACAGGGAGCCGAGCUCAGUGCGCGGUGGCCGGCUGACCCCUUUUGUUUCUGAGCCGGUGGAGCAAGGGUGUGUUUGGUUCUACCCCUGGGAACCGCGUCGGAGCACCUUGUGGAACAAGCUGGCGGCUCAGGGGGGCUUGGCCUCAGCGCCCACAGGUCCGAGGAGAAAGCCAGACGCCCUGGCAGUGCAGUGUUGGGACAGGUGGGCCAGCGCCUCCUGCGCUCUCCUCUUCCCUCCCCCCUAGGGCUUACCCUGCCUCCUGGAGGUGGUUUCCUAACUGCCUGCGCUGCCUCCUGGCGCUCUGUGUCCUUAGACAUGCUCCUGGUUCUAGGGACCCAGUCCUCACUGGGCUCACAGCCAGACUUCUCCUGCCCCUUGUUCUGAGAGGACACCCAGGGGAAGGAGGUGCGCAGAGUGCAGACGGCCUGGCCUGUGCCCUGCGCCCUGUCUGGGACGGGACCAGCCUCCUGCCCCACCCCACCCCACCCCGCCUGUCCUGCCUCCGCCAUUGCUUCCUAGGUGACAUGACUCUUCUGUCCCCAGAGCCCCCUGUUUGGGAACAGCCUUCUCCCCAGAGCGUUGUCCCGAUCCUGGCCCUCAGAUCAGGUCUUCUUCUGUUGCCUGCCCACCCAGUUUGUAAUGUUCCCAGGAGGGCCACGUCUCCUUCCAGGCAGCAGGGUUGGAGGAAUCGCCACGGGUUUGGGUCUGAGCCCCACCUGGAGCAUCUGCCGAAAACUGGGUACCCAGGUCGCCUCCUGGGGCCAACAAGUUCCCGCCCCACAGCCCUGACCUCUGCCUGUAGGCACUGUGGCUCCUAGGGAACCCAUAGCAUCUGGCACAUCCUCAGCUCCCCACCUGAGCAGACGUUUGGCAGAAUCACAGGGCAGUUUCAGGCUCAGUGUUGUCUGAUUUCCAUGAACAGAGCACAUGGAGGUGGCUGGCAGCCUUGAUUUUCCCAAAGGGGGAGCCCUGAGACAGUGUACGGCCUGGGGACUGGAAGCUUAGGAGGAGCUGGGGUACUCCGGGGCACACCCAAGGAGCUGGCUCAUGGAGAAGUCCCCUGGCCUGCCAGGUGUCACAGGGACUCAGAAAUGCCCGGUUUCUAAUGACAUUUGGAGUUCCUUGAUUUUUUUUGGUUUUGUUUUUCAAUUUGGCUGACCCUGGGUCUAUUCACAGCAAACUGACUCACCCUAUCUGGUUCCAGGAUGAGGGGAACCAGGGGUCGGUUUUCACAGUUGGCUCAGCAGCCCGGAUGUGUAAAAGGAUUUGAGAGGGUGUGUUUACCCCACGCCCAUUUCAAUCAUGACUUUCUUUUUUCCCUCCGUUGUGCGUCGCCUCAGACCUGUGGAUGUGAAGACCCCUCUUUCUGCCCUUUCUUGUACGUGUCCACUGGCCAGCCUCGUCUCAUCCCCAUACUCAUCCCUGGGGAGCCAGGCAGCCUGUGAUGGCUGUCCUGUUGGGUGAGCAUCCCACGCCCUCGCCAAGCCUUGCCCAGUGCCCAGGCUUAGCUGGAGAGGAGGAGAGGCGGGGUGACCCCACAGGGAGACAGGAUGGGGACCCGAGGGGCCCCAGGUGAGAGAGAGCAGCAGGGACUGGGGUCCACCCCGGGCAGCUGAGACCACAUGGAUGGUUGGGCAGCAUCCUCCUUUGAGCCUCAGGCUGAGCAGGGCGGGGAGGGUCCCCCAGGUCCUGCUAGCCGCAGUGUGCCUCCCCUAGCUGGCUCAGCCGAGUGGGCCUCAGCAGUGCCACCCCCACCCCCAGCCUGCACUCAGCCGGGCUGGUGCCCUCUGCUGUCACACCCCUCCCCAGUGGUAGCCUGUCCUGGUCUGGAGUUACAUUUGAUGCCAUGAAGACACUUUGUUUAUAUAUAAUGUUUAUAUAUUUUAAAGAUUUGUGCCAAGAGAGUAUAUUUAAUAAAAAUCAAAGUGACUUUUUCUCCUGCCUCUGACCCCCACCCUCCAUGAACCAAAAACAGGGUUGAAGUUACUUUGACAGAUUUUUGAAUAAAGUCUUGAAUAAACUUUUUAAAAAAUGUAA